AUGCUAUGGAAAGACGAGCCUUGUCCCCCUAUCGAGACGCCAUCGAAGUUCGAGAAUCAAUUCCGUAAAUCGAUUUCGACCCAAACGAUGGAAAUUGCGGAAAAUAUGGAACUGAACACGAGUGAAUCGGAAUGUGUGGAAUUAGAAACGAUGGAAGCUGAAAACGUGGAAAAGGAAAAGAGGCAACCAGAAAGAGUGGAUGUGGAAAAUGCGGAAUUUGAAACAGUGGAAUCGGAACCGGCGGAAAUGCAAAUGGACGCCGAUCAAAACGAUAAGCAAAAUUUAUGCUUUGAAAACGAAACUGGAAAAACAUAUGAUUCAGACGGUGAUGUAUCAAUCGCUGAUGACAUGUUGGUAAAUCAACAUAAUACUACCCCGAUUCCCGAAAACAAUGUAGUUGCCAUAGAUAUGGAAUCUGAGACUCGACAGGUGGCGCCCGCCAUCGAUCAAGCUGAAGAAUUGACACCGCAAAAUGCUACCGGACGCCCGCUAAGGAAUCGAAGACUACCCAUUCGUUAUAGAAAUUAG